AUGGAUGCCUUCUCGGCGGCGACACGUGCGUACGCUGACUCGCUUUUACUGAAGCAGGUAGUUGCUCUUAAAACUUCAAGUUUGCAUUACACUCGUGGUGAUCUUACCAUACUUUAAUUUAAGCACGGCGCGCCAAUUCCACCUUCACCCUUUUAUUCUCCAUCUUCAAAACACAAAGAAGUAUAAGAAGGAAAUUUACUUAAAUAAUAAUCCGUAUGGACCCUUUUUGCUGAAAAAACAGACGUUUCUUUUUGGCUAAUUUUAAGGACUGCCUGGCGACACUAUUUCGAAUGGUAGUAUUUAACAUAAGAUGGUUUAAAAUACGUUUGCAGAUGUUCGUUAGAUAUUAUUCGGUUAAUGAUAUAAGAACAAAUUUGCAGUACAUUGUGAGUCGACGGACUCUUGUGCUACUGUAAAUGAGUAAUAUGUUUUAGUUGUGCAACAUACUAUACCCGUCAGACAUUAAUUCUUUAUAUGUGCUGGCACGUUGUCUCAGGAAGUAGUCGUAAACAUUUUCUGUAAUGGGCUGACCUCUUUCCCCUUUUGGAAAAACUGUUGAAAGCUGAUUCAGGUGAAGCGUUUGUUAUAUUUUUGUGAAUUGUCAUUUACGUUUCUUUCAUAGAUGACAGAUGUCGUCCUUUGUACCCCAACCCUGCCCCGAGAAAUUUAUCUUAAGAUCACUAAGUAAUUUCUAACAAGACCAAUGAAUGUUUUGGCCAAUCUGAACAGGUAAUCUGACUGUUACAUUGUGAUAACAUCAGUGACCCUAUCACAGUUCGAACCCGCAUCAGAGACGACAACGAUGUAGUGUAGCCAGAACUUCAACAAAUAAAUUACUAAUGUAAAGAAGACAAACAGGCAAUCACCGGGACAAUGCACGUAUUAGUCUGAACUUUUGGUCUUAUACAGGAAUCCACUAUCAGAUCCCAUGCCGUGCCUGUCCUCAUCAUUAUACAGUCCAGACCAGUCGGCGACUUAGUUUGCGAAUAAUGGAGCAUAAACGGGCAGUCCGGAAGGACGGCCCACUGUCUCAGGUCGCUGUUCGUACCCUGGAGAUUGGCCAAGAAGUAGACUACGCGAGUGCGCGGAUACUGGCGCGAGCUAACAACAGGACGAGGCGGGAACUGCUGGAUCCCCGGAUGUCUGACACCAACUCCACCAACAGACACGUUGAUAUACCCCCUCCUACUACCACGCACUUCGCUCACACGACCAAGAGGCGCGACCCCAUUCCCAGUCAAGGACGCACGCCGUGGCGACUCCGUGGUAUGGCUUAGGCCCAGCCCUGUCGAGAACACAACCCCUGCCUCCCCCUCUUCUUUGGCAGACCACAAAAAUUACUCAUGUUAUGUUGCACUUUCACAGUCUCUGAUGAUAACCUCCUGUACGCGACCGAAAGUUCGUACUAACACCUGUAUUGUCCCAGUCAUCACGUGUUUAUCUUCUUUGCAAUAAGAACCUAAGACUCGGAUAUUCGCUUCCAUUCGUGUAAACUUUAAAUCUCAUGUAUACUAAGUUGCUGCUUUCUGAUGUAGGUGAGGUGUUGUCGAACAAGAUGGCGUAUGCACACCAACAAUGCCAUAAUUUGCCCUCGCCAUUGGGACAAACCCAAUACUGGAGAUUUGUUAAACGUAGUUAAGCCAUACAGAGAUUUACUUUGCCAUUUGGACACCCAGGUAUUGGAUUUUCUAGACACAAAUCGUAGGUAAACUGCAUUCUAUGGCAUUUUCUAUCUGAAUUGGACAGGCUUUAAUAUCUCGUCAGAAGUUAGCCAUCCUUCCUAUCCCGAAAAGUUGCGUGCAAAAAGGUUGCAGUAGCUUAAUGUUGAGAAAGUUUUAAUGGGCAAAUGCUCUGUGGCUCACUGGACUCGAGUUUAAACCUCAGACGCUCCGUCAAAGGGGGUUCGGGUUCCCCAUGCCUGAUGGAAAAAAUAACCCAUAAAUGACCGGUCCAGUGUCUCAAACCUGUGCGGACUUACUAGAUAAGCUGCCUACUGCAGGCUUCAGGACAAGAACUGAGAGACUUUGCAACGCCUGACCAGAAAUAGAUGAUCUGGUACUAAUUAAAUCUAUCGCUUCGCUUUUUUGCCUCUACGGGAACAGACUGCUGACUCAACUGUUAACAUAGGUAUUUACUGCGGCGUAGGCUAUGAACUCUCAAAAUUGGUAUCCUUUCAGAUUCCACGUCAGCCCAAAAUUGAUUACCUUUAAUACCAACAUCAUCGAUUAUUUUUGUUUGCUGUUCUUCGUUUUUGAAGUCCUCAGGCGCAUCAGUCCAAUACACUGCGGCCUGGUUCCAGAUAUUCAGCCUAUCAAGUAUGAACUCACAUUCGCUAAAAUGUACAUUUCAAGAGGCAAAGCCUCUUUUUCGAAAACUACUAUCUUCAAAGAGUUCUCCUCUUAAACAUUCUAAGUAUGCAAACUUAAAAUUGUUUAAGUGAUAUUUCACUAAUCUGCAUUAAUGUCAUUUAACCAUCACAGUUUUGAUCCUCACAAAAGCGUGGCAGGUGAGGUAGUUACGCUGGUGUCACUUACAUAUAUGGUAUUUGAUUCUUGAUAAUUCAGUCCUCAUGAAUCAUGACUAGGGUGUGAAUCUGCCGAAUGCGGGCGCAAAACUUAGUGGCCUUGUUAUUGAUAUCGUUCGAGUGGCAUUCACCGGUUUAUCCAACAGGGUGUGCUCCUUUGACUUAAUGAGUGGUGUUUGGCCCAAAUGAUCGAUUACCAACUGAUUCAGGCUUCAGUCACGGGUCUGUUCCGCUGCAUUUUGGGGUUUGAACGGUUUACAACAACAAAUAAGCCAAAAAUCGCUAUUCUAGUUCCUACCCUAUUUCUCUAAAACCGUUUGGAAUUUAAAAAGAGGAUGUGAUAGCCGAAACAAGAGGUUUAUUAGCCCGACGUUUCGGAUUUUCACUCUGAACUACCGUCAGAGACACUUGCCCUUGGCAGUGCUGAAAAAGACGAGAGACCGGAAUGGCAAUUUCUGACUUAUUAGGCGUCAUCAGCCGGUCAUAUCUAACCCCAGGUUUUGCGACCCCUGAGGCUCGAAUCCGCGAGCUUUGAGUUCAAAUUACAACGCCCAAGGCUUGCAAAAGCCAGUGUUAGGUGCGGCGGGCUAACGACAACGAGUAGACCAAAAACAACCGUUCUAGUUCCCCUGUAAUGUCAUCCCACCUAUAAUACUGGCCGUUGGGCGGCUACUGCGGAAAUCAAGACUGAAUCCCAAGGCGCUACGAAAAGAUUGUGACCCGUAACGCGACCUAUUAGCGCCCCUCUGCCACAGCCGACUUUAUUAUAAUUUACAGAUGGUACUCCAUUUUUACUCUAACAGAUCAAUAGGAAUGAUCAAGUCUUACAAUCUCCCUUGUCGUUCACCAAUAAAAAUAUCCUCUGACGAAACUUAUUUAACUUCCACCCACGUUUUUCUAUUUAAGCUAGCUGCUGAGAAGUAUGAUGCUAUUUCCGAUGCCGUUGAAAACGAACUUUCGUUGGCGGCGAAGGAAUUUCAACGAACUGUGUCCUUUACUUCGACAAAUCUCCGUAUUAUCACCAACCUUUCAGGUACAAAUUUUUUGCGCUAUAAAUCCAGCACUUGUGUUAGCAAGAAUGUUCUGCAAUAAGUAUGACACCACUGCACUCUUCGUUACGCCUUUUUCAAAUGCUUGGUGGUUUUCCAAACUACUAGAAAUACUAAGCUCUGAAUUUGUCUUUUAAGAAACCAGAAAAUGUGAUGCUUCCGUAAGUUUUAAUAAACCAGUAACCAAAAGCAGGUGUUUAAAGUUCUGAUUCUUGUUUAUGACGUUCUUCGCUGUUAACUUGCUUCGAAUGCCAUAUUCCAUUUCUGUUGCAAAUAACCGCACCUAAAGUUCGAGUACGCUAGUUCAAUGGCAUAAUGAGCCGAAAACUAAGGAUGAAUAACUGUUCAGUAGGACAACCUUACUGAAUAACUGUGUUUCAAAUAGCUUGGUCAGCUAGUCACUGUCAAAGUCUUAAACGCAUUAAAAUCGGACAUAAAUCUAGGUGACUGCCUGAGCUAACCGGCUCUAGACUGAUAAGUUUUUCUUUCUUUGUUGGUUUGAUUUUUCGGUGGCCGCGUGGCGGGUUCGAGAACUGAGUAACUUACCAGUCAUAACCUCAACAGAGGGUAGUUUGGUCUGAUGGGUUCUUUGAUUUUUCGUCGGGUAAAAUCCUUAUCAGGCCGACUGUGGCUGAUUUUUUUAAGUCCAUCUCGGUCAUCUUGUUUUGGUCUCUAAAUAAUGACAUGGAACUUCGUAAACCGCUGAGAGCAAUUUGCCUUUCAAGAGGCAUCAACUCAUCCGCACAUGUAUCUUCUUCACCUCUGCCAUCUUAUGUAAACUGCAAAGCCAGUUGUCGUGUGCUGAUUCCAACCGUCAUGGCUUAAGUUUCCUGUCAAUCUUUCUCAUGAACACAAUCUCACUGUGGCUUUAGUGAGCGACGUAAAAUGUCCACGACUUCGACCGGCAACUAAACUAUUAGGUUCGCCUCAGGGCAACCAUUUCCAAGAAUUAAACCAAAGUCAUUUGAGGCUCGUGAAAUCCUGUUGAUGAGCAUCCAUAAGCCAAAUGGAGUUAUUUCGUUUGCAUUAUCGUUGUUUGACUGUUGGAUUUGCUUUGGUUCUUUUUAUUUUCUUCAUCUUGACAUUUUUAAAAACUAGUCGGUUUUUUUGAAUGGGCAGUCUCACCUAGUUUCCUCCCACUUAUAGUGAAAACUAAGUGAAAAUCCAUUGAAAUUAUUUUACUUAUUCUUAAACCAUUUAGGCAUACACUGAUGUUAACGAGGUACAAGUAAGAGAGCUGGUUGCGGGAGAUGAAAGUGUUGCAUCCAACAACCAAACCAAACUCACCUACGAACUGAUUAAUCUCGUCUUCCAGUUGAAUGAUCAACUCGAAAGGCAACAAGGUCGUGAUCACCAACUGCUUGAAGAAAGGACUAUGAUGGAAAAUAAAUACAUUCGGUUAUUAAGGGAGUCGAAGGAAAAAAUGAAACAAACAUCCAAAAAGGCCAUCAGAAGGCAGGCAGCCUUCGAGGCGGAGUCCAACAAAAGGUUGCAAGAACUUCAGCUGCAGAGGAGAUCGCUCAUGAAAAGGUAGGCUAAAUGGGUCCAUUAACUACUAUCAUGCCAAGACUUAUAAAACUUCCUUGGUGCAAUUGAGCAACACCAGCUGGUGUAGUUCAGUUGGUCUUCAGUAAGACUUGUCAAAAUUUCGACUCCACCCCUUAAAAGAUGAUUGAAAGUUAUUCGACCGCCAAUUCUAUCAUCUGUGAGGCGGACUGUGAAUUUUGUGCCCUAAAUGAAAGAAUAGAAAAUACAAACAAAAAUAACGAUUCCUUGUCGAAAUGGGCAGCGCUUCUGUUUUUAUUUUUUAGGAACAGCCCAUCAUAGUGGUGUAGAUUAUUAUUUGAUUUCUACGAGUUUUCUCAAAUCCUUACGGUAAACUAAAGCUGUAAUUUUUUAACUGUAUAUUCUUGAAGGCUGAAUGCUGCAGAACUUGAGGCCAGAGAAUACAAAAACCGAACUAAAUUGCUUCAGCUGCGUGUUGAGCGCCUGGAGGAACAAGUUAAUUAUGCAGUGAAGACCAUUGAUAGUUUGGAAUCAAGAAGGGAACCCAAAGAUGAAGAACGUGAUUCAGAAAGUCUAAAUGAACCCUGA